GGGUUUCUGUCAAUUGUAAGUGUACCCAUUUCCAGUUUCAUGCAUGAAUGUGUUUGUUUGUUGUCAUUUUGGCGCCGACCAAUUUUGUGUAAUUUUGUUUCUUUACCCUGAAACAGUUGUACUGUGUUCCGGUGUUCUUCUUCUUCUCCCUGUCUACUUUUCAAUCCAGAAAUUGUACUUGGGUUUUUUCGAUUUUUGGAAGAAUGAGAGGGAAAAAUUGAAGGGUUUGAAAAAUUCGAAACAUAGAAAAUGACUAAUUGUUUUCAAAAAAAGGUUUGAGCUUUUUCAUCCUUCAAGUCAUUUUCGUCCAAUUUUCUCAACGGCUGUUGACUUGGGUGAUUCUUUUGUAGUCGAAUUUGAAUUUGCAUUUUCGAAGUGUAUUAGGGCAAGAAAGAUUACAAGGCAGGUCCAAUUGGGGGUGAAUUUAGCCUUUGCAAAACGACGCCGCUUUCUUUGGAAGAAAGAACUUGUCGGUUACUAUUACAAAAUUCUAAACGCAUGGGUUUUCCCCUAAUUAGUCGCCAUUGUUACUGUUUUUAACUGAUUUCCUGAAGAUUUUUAUUUAGGGGUUGAAUUGUUUUUAGUCAUUCCUGAAAGAUUGCUGCCGCUAGUAGUUUCUCUGGGCAAGGGUUGAAUUUAUUGAAAUUGAUAGUAAUACUACUAAAGAAGGAAGGGAAUCAGAGCAUAUAUUUAAGGAGAUACUCCUAGAUUCCUAGUAUAACUGUAUUUGUGGUAAAAUAGAAGUCUAAUCCCAGCCAGCCAUGCUCUGAAAAAUUUCACCAAAAUGGUAACUUCAUUUAAGUUUGGACACAGUGGCUGAUUUACCGAUGGACACUGGUUUGGAUACGUCAUAAUGGAAUCAGUGACAAGUUUUUUUUCCCAAAUUCUGUGCCUUAACAUUUAAGAAUUAUUUAGGGUACCCAAAAUUAUCUACUCCUGUGUGUAUAUCUAUAUGACUAUUAAACGUGUACAAUGUUUAUAGUUUGCCUGAUAUUGCCUUUGUCAUUGUCAUUGUCUUUUCUCAAUGGUGGGAUAUUUUGAACUGCAGAAGAUGGGUGUGGUUGAAGUUGAACCCGGUUGCUGCGAAGGAAUCGCAAAGGGGGUGAACAUUGGAGAUGAUGAGUAUCAGAAUUUGAUUGGGAUACUGGACUUUCCCAUGGAAAGUUUGGAAGGGGAUGACGACCUUGGGGGUGAUUGGGAUGCUAGUAAGUCGCAAUCCCUUGGUCCAAUUCCUACUGACGCUUUAAUGGGUUUGUCGCCGGUGCCUCAAGCCAACACUGCCUAUUUGGAUGCACCGCAGAGGGUAACCACUCCUGGCGCUGCAAUGUUUAAACCCAAACAGCUCCCAAACUAUGCCAAGCAAUCCUCCAGCACCAGCAGUCGCAAUGAAAGUAAGCUUUCGGAUAGCCAGGAGUCAGGUGUAUUCCAGACGCAAAGCCCUGUUUCUGUACUUGAGAGUGGAGGCUCUUGUCCUGGUGGAAAAAGCUUGCCUAUCAAGCCCGAUAUCAUUGUUCCUGUCCGCUCUCGAUCUAAGAGAGCUCGAGCUUCAGUGUUUAAUCCAUGGUUUGUGAUGACUCCUAUAUCUUCUGCCGCUGCAGCAAUGAAGAAGACCUCGAGCUACAAGAAACCCAAGGAGAGGAGGGAUAGACUUCCAGAGGAAUCACUUCUAUCGAGCUCUGCCUCUGAAAUGACAGAUGACUCUUUCAAACAAGUUAAGGAGGAACUCUUUCAUGCAGCAGAUGGUGAGGAUGAUGGAAACUCUUUGCAACAAGCUCUUCCAACAAAACAGUGCACACAUUGCCAGGUAACCAAGACACCACAAUGGAGGGAGGGACCAAUGGGACCUAAGACGCUUUGCAAUGCAUGUGGGGUUCGCUACAGAUCCGGCCGUCUAUUUCCUGAAUAUCGACCAUUAGCGAGUCCUACUUUUGUCCCAACAUUACAUUCCAAUUCGCAUAGGAAGGUCGUAGAACUGAGGAAGAAAGCUGUUGUGCAGGAGGAUGGUACUAUUAUUGAAGCUCCUUUAUCACCCGCGCCAGAAUUCACUCAAUCAUUAAAUCCGCGGCGUAGGGUCCUGGGGACAAGAAAUAGAGGUAUUACGCAUGAGAAAGAUUUUGUGUACGAUACUUGUACCUCACCGGCACCAGAAAUUGUCCCCAAGCGCAGAAAGGUCAUCGGUACAACAAAAGAAGCUAGUAUGCAGGAGACCAACAGUUUGCACAACACUGUCAUAUCGCAAGCUCCUGAAUUUGUCGAAACUCUAGACUCCAAUUCAAGCGGGAAGUACACCGGGAUGAGAAAGAAAGCAAUAAUGCUGGAAACUGAUGGCAUUCCUGAUGAUGCUCCAAUGUCGCCAGCCCCAGAGUUCGUCCCCAUGAGUAGCUACCUGUUCGAUUUUAUAUAUUGAAGAGGUGGCUAGCAGUUCUAGUUAGGAAUUAUAAUCUGAUUGCUGUCGCUGCAGUUUUCCUUAAUUUUAGUUUGGCAGUCUGAGUCAGGGCACACUCUGGUGCCGUGUGUCGUCAAAGAACCGUGUGUACAAAAGAAGUAGUGAGUUUAGAGAAAUCCUAGAUUUAGCAUUAUGGUUGGAGAAAGGAAAUGGGUGUCUUCUCCUAUUAGGGUAGGAGUAGCUGGAAGCCUGGAAUGCAGAGUUAGUAGGAGAAGGGGUUUCAGUUGUGCAAUAGUUAUUUAGUAUUACAUUUGACAGACAAAUCAGGGCCUUAGGUACUGAAUUUUGUCAUUUGAUGUCUUGUUUUUUUUUCCCCCUAAGACAUGCUCAGUAUCUAUUUUUGUGGACUUGAGGUUGUCAUUUUUGGUAUCCCCUUGUUACCGGAAUGUGCAUAUAGGUCAUGAUUUUGCCGGAACCAGGUGAGCAGGCCAAGAACUGGGGAUAACCUAAUAAGAGUGCGGUCCGACGAUACAGACUUGAGUAAACUCCAUCUUUUUCAGACUUUGAGCAAUCUGGACAAGCUUUUGUUGUCUGCUGAGUUUAAGGUGAAAUAUUGUUUCCAUGACGCACAUGAGACAGAAUGUUAGUAUUAUCUGCGAAAAAUAAAAGGCGGUACUGAUUAUCGCACUAUCAACCGAAAAAAAAUCACGUUAGAUCACAUGGAAUCCGAGACACACCGAAUUCAAAAGCUCAAACCUUUGGACCUGUUGACUAAAGAGGCACACAAAAAACUCGGGUUUAAUAAAUACUAUGCAGUAGGAAAAAAUGUUGAAUGCAAAGUUAUGGCGUAGACAAUGGACAACAACUUGGGAGUUGGAAUGUCGGAUCGGAACCUUUGCAACCGCCACCGCCACCGCCGCCUCCAUGUUGUGUCCCGGUAACAAAACACACGUUUUCUCAUUCAAUGCCGAUGUAGUUAUUGUUUCCCCCUUUUCUGGCAAUGAAUUAUUUUAUGUUUUUUUUAUUCUUUAAUUAAUGAUCAUUAUCCCCUUGUGGAUAUAUUAUUAUGUUUUGUGCAACCAAAUUGAGUUUGACAUUGAGGAAUGAGUUUUUCCCAGAACUAUAAA